AUGAGCGCGGCUUCAGGCACUGCCCCGACUGCCACCAACAACGUUAAUUCUCUCGAAGCGUGCAUGGACCUUUGCAAUCAGGCCGGUGCAACCUGCGCGGUUGCCUACUGGGCAUCUUCUCUUUCACAGUGCUCGCUUUACCCCGCGCAGGCCGGCAGUGGCCUGUUGACCCCGAACAGCUUCGUCGGCAACUACGUCCGCACCGCCAGACUCUUGACUUCCACCUCUCCCAGUGUCAUCGAUGCCACUUAUCUCCUCGCUCCGGGUUACGAUCUCAAUCUUUGCGGAGGGCCGAACGCGAACUAUUACGACAGGACAUUUGUCGGCGUCUAUGGCAGAGGCUCUACCGGUACUGGCGGCCCCUUCAUUCAGGGCGGAUACCGCAACGAUGUUUUCCUGAUCACCUGCGCGGGUUACUCGUAUUACACGAGCUCCAUUUCUGGCUCUCAAGUCACCACGUCCACUGCCGCCACGACCUAUGGCUUCGGAGGUGUCAUCACAACUGCCGACGACUGCGCUCGUUUGUGCGAGAUCCUGAAUGCUGCGUCUGGCUACGCAGGAGGUUGCCGAUUGUGGGAGUGGUACGGUGCCAACACUUGCAAUCUGUACUCCAGUCGCCCUGCUGGCACGAAUGCACCUAGUGUCCGAGCUGGCGUCCUCGCCGCCGGCAUAUCUCGCGCAAGCAGCAGUUUUGAGUUCACCCCAGCUGGCGGCGCCAUUCAGAGCUAUAGGAAGCGUUCGCUUCCUCCGGGCGUCGGCUCAUACCGCCAGCACCCCAGAGAUGCUCUCAUCGACACUGGUUACCUCACACCCGACGUCAUCCUUGAGUAUAGCAACUCAUCUGCGUGGUGA